AUGGAGGUGGAGUGGAGAGGAGGUAAAGGUGGAGGCAUUGGAGGUGGUGUCGGAGGUGGUCAUGGAGGUGGAGUUGGUGGUGGCUAUGGAGGAGGCAAAGGAGGAGGUGUUGGAGGUGGAGUAGGAGGUGGCCACGAAGGCGGUGUUGGUGGUGGAUAUGGAUCAGGAGGAGGUAAAGGUGGAGGCAUUGGAGGUGGUCAUGGAGGUGGAGUUGGUGGUGGUUAUGGAGGAGGAGUUGGAGGUGGAGUAGGAGGCGGUCAUGAAGGUGGUGUUGGUGGCGGAUACGGAGGAGGAGGAGGAAAGGGUGGAGGUGUUGGAGGUGGCUACGGAGGAAGCCAAGGAGGAGGAGUUGGUGGAGGUGUAGGAGGUGGUCAUGGAGGAGGUGUCGGUGGUGGUUAUGGAGGCGGCCAUGGCGGCGGUGUUGGCGGAGGCCAUGGAGGUGGUAUCGGUGGUGGCUACGGAGGCGGUAUUGGAGGAGGUUCUGGUGGAGGUGCCGGUGGUGGCAUUGGAGGGGGUCACGGGGGUGGCUAUGGAGGUGGAGCUGGAGGAGGCUAUGGAGGCGGUGCUGGUGGAGGCCAUGGUGGAGGAUAUGGAGGUGGUGGUUACUAA